AUGCGAUAUCUGUUAGAUUCUGGUCUGAUGAUGAUCUUUAACCUGCAAAAUUCGGUGUCAGUGCAGCCACUGCUGAAUGUGUUUGGUGCUCUCGAAAGUAAUCCGGCAGAGGCAUCACGAUGCAUUCGAUCAUUGCGCCGAAGUUCGUUGCAUGAGCAGGUGCAAGCUAUGGAUGCUGUUGCGCAAGCAAUGGGCAUCGCACUGUGCCCCACUACGCCAACUCCAUUUUCGAACGAAGUUGUUGCCAUUUGGAAUCGUUUGGAAAAUAUCAUCCCGAGGUCGCUUUGUGAGGUAUGUAAUUUUGCAUUAUAA